AUGACCGAUAAUAAUAAUAAUAAUCAAAAUAUUUUAUUAAACAGAAUAAGAUUUGUUAACGACAAUAAUAACCCAACACAACAACAACAACAACAAGAUGACUCAACAACUAAUAGCCACCAAACAUUAAACUUUGUUGACGGAGCACCAGAGUUGGUAUUUUUAGGUGGUCCACCUUGUUCAGGAAAGACAUAUUACUACAAUCAAACAUUCAAAGACACUCAUGUUAGAGUGUCUGCUGAAAGUCUAUUUCAAGAUCAUUCAGAUAUGUCAUUUAGAAAUAUAAUCUAUAACUAUGUUAUUAAACAAUUAAGAGAGGGAAAAAAUGUUGUAAUUGAUGAUAUGAAUCAUUUACAUACAGUUAGACAAUCAUAUAUUAUGGCAUUGUUGAAGGAUCAAACACCACUUGGAACAACGAUGUUUCUAAACUUUAUACCAAGUGGAGGAGAGACACAGUUGAAAUGGGCAGAGGCAUGGGCAUUUACAGAACGAUCGCUAUCCAAUAGUUAUAGUGUAAGCAAGUUUUCAAGAAUGGAACUAUCGCAAUUCAAAAGUGAAUACACCAAACCUACCUACAAGGAUGGAUUUAAAUUUGUUCGCGAUAUUACUAUCCCAUUGCACAUGAAUCUUCACAAAGAUGCAAGACAUGCACUCACCAACCUUGGUCUUUUUGUCGAUGCUCGUUCGCUAUUUGAGUUUGUCGAUCGAACCAAAACUCAUCGUUGCGGACCUGCUCUAAGGUUCAAAUAUCAUGUUCAACUCAAACAAGAUGUUUACAAACCUAUUAAAGAGUGGGUUGAUCUUGGACCAGGUAUGAGACGUGUCAUUUUGCUCAUUGAUGAAGUUUCAUUGUUCCCAGCAUCAAUCGAUUUGACAGACUCUAUUCUCACCGAGCAAUACCAAAAAGAAGUGAAAAAGUCAAUCAAGACCCUUUCAGAUCUCGUUCAAUUCCCAAUCUAUUAUUAUAUCGUACCAUACAAUAAUGCUAGAUACAAUAAUGAUGGAGUACCAGUCAUGCCAUACCAAAAUGAUUUCUAUCGUUUUCCAAAUCCCGGUAUGAUUGCUGCUGCUCAACACCGCCACAAACUAUCACUACACAAUUCAAUCGUCAUUGUCGAUGAUGCCGAUACCAAAUCACUCUCCUCUCUACCUCUUCCAGUCAUCUUAUCAUCUAAAUUUUUUCAACAAAAUUCUUUUGAAGUUGAAACUAAAUUAUUAAAAAACAAAAUAGAAAAUCCAACAUUUAACUUUUUAGAAAAUAUAUUAUUUGUAAAUUAUGAUGAUAUUCGUGGAUAUGAUAGUGAAGAAAGUGAAAAGGGAUUACCUUUACAUUCUCGAAUCAAUUCAGAAUCAAAUGAAUUAUCAUUUACCGAGGAGUACUUGCCACUUGACAAGAGACAUGGUGUAUUCUUUCCUCAUGCCGAUUUCCACCAAUCAAUAACUGAUCAACAACUACUCUUGAUCCAACCCAUCAACAAUAUGGAUCAACAACAACAAAAACCAUCGGAUCCAAUUAUACCAUAUGUUCAUCCAGAUUUAAUGAUCGAGUAUGGUAUUGAUAGAGUUAGUGUUGGAAGAGGCGAAGGAUACUAUAAAGAAUGUAGAGUACAAAAUAUCGAGACAUCUAUUCAUAGUCCUGAUUUUAGUAUCCCAUCUACACUGGUUAAAGCAGAGUGUCGUGGUACUGCGACAUACCCAUACAUGUUGCAAAUCAGGUAUCGUCAAAAAGGAAAUAUUCUCGCAUCACCAUUGAUGGAAACACAUUGUAGUUGUCCACAUGGACAACGCACCUUUGGUAAAUGCAAACAUAUUGUCUCUUUGUUGUUCUAUUGUAACCUCAAUCUGGCCGAGCAGCCAUCACCCCAGUCGUCCACUCCAGUGUCUCCACCCCUAUCGCCAGUGCAGGGAAACAAUACAGGGUCGUCAGUGCCAACCUCACCAUUUACACCAACCAAGAAUAGAGUGUUGCCAGAUUGGAUGACAGUCCCAGUCCACCAACAACAAAGAGAUAUUACCAAAGUAUCACCAAACAAAAGAACUCUAACCAUGUAUCAAAAAAAUGAUGAUGGCAUCAUCAGUCCAUCUCGUUCACAUAAAAAACAACUUCAAUUUGUUUCUACCAUAGCGGCGGCAUCGUCAACCUCCUCUAUUCCUACUUUUACAAACUUGGCUGAAACUGAACAAGCAAUCCAACAAUUAUUUAUCAAUUCAAAAUUAAUCGAUCAUCCACAAAAAGUUGACCAACAAACAGCAUCUGGGUCUUCUUCACCAAAUCAAAAUCAAAAUCAAAAUCAAAAUAAUAAUAAUAAUAAUUCCACUCCUCCCGAUCAAGAUGGAAUGAGUACUGAUCAAAGUGGAGAUUCUAUGGAUCAACAACAAGAAGAGGAAGAAGAAUUUGUACUUCCAAGAACAACAUCUGAACAAAGUGUAUUAAGUUUUAUUCAAAAUAUGGGAUCACAACAAAAUAACAACCAACAACAACCACCAACUGUAAAUAAUAAUAAUAAUAAUAAUAUACAACAACAACAACAAGAAGAACCAAAAAAGAAAAUAACUUUAAAAGAAUUAUUGGUUAGACAUUCAAUAGAAUUACCUCUACCAUCACCAGUUAAAAAUACUUCUUCUAAAUCGACUGUAACCAGUAGUCAAUUACAUAUCGAUAUUACUUCACAAACUGUAAAUAAAUCUAUAAAUAUUAAUUAG